CCCGGAUUUUUCAACAGUCGUCACUGAACAUCAUCAACAUCUUCUCUCUUUUCUUCUGUUUUCUCUUCAUCUUUCUUCUUCUCUUCCUCAUCCUCCUUAACCAUACACCCCAAAAUAAAAGUAACCCUUUUUUUUUGUUUCCCUUAAAUAUUUCUUCUUCUUAGCUCUAAACAUAAAACACACACACAAACACACACCACCUAACCAUUCAUUUCUCAAUUUCGGAAGCAGUUUCAUGGUGUCACAAAAAGGAAAGGUUUUGGGUUAAUUAUUAGAAGCAUGGAGAUAAUAACAAACGCCAACACCAACAUCAACACCACCAACGCCAACACCCCAACAGGUGCAAAGUCGCCAGAACCUGAAUCCGAGACUCCGACCCGGAUCCACCAACCCGGAUCCACAAACACAAAGCCCUUAUCUUUUUCCAAUGGAGUCUUAAAGCGCCACCACCCUCUCCAACACCACAACCCCCACCACCAUGCAAACCAACCCAUCACUGUCACCUACAAGGAAUGCUUGAAGAACCACGUCGCAAGCUUAGGUGGCCACGCCUUGGACGGUUGCGGCGAGUUCAUGCCCUCGCCGGCAGCCACCGCCGACGACCCAAGUUCCAUCAAAUGUGCCGCCUGUGGCUGCCACCGGAACUUCCACCGCCGGGAACCGGAUGAACCACCCAUUUCUCCGGUGACCCAUCAUGUGCUGGAGUACCAGCCCCACCACCGCCACCACCCUCCGCCGCCACCGCCGCCUUAUCGGAGCCCCAAUUCCGCGUCUCCGCCGCCGAUUUCGUCCUACCCAUCAGCACCCCACAUGCUCCUCGCCCUCUCCGGCGGCGGGCUCCCCAUCCCGCCAGAAAACACCGCCGCGCCGGCGAUGGGUUCUCACUCCCGGAAACGGUUCAGGACGAAGUUCACGCAGGAGCAGAAGGAGAAGAUGCACGAGUUCGCUGAGAAAGUGGGGUGGAAGAUGCAGAAGAGAGAUGAAGAAAUGGUUAUGGAGUUUUGCAAUGAGGUUGGUGUGGAUAGAGGGGUCCUCAAGGUUUGGAUGCACAACAACAAGAACACUUUUGGGAAGAGAGAUAACGGUAACGUUAACGCCAACGGCACCGCUCCAAAUGUUCUCGAACAUGGCAGCACUAUUAACGGCGGAAUUAACGGUAACGGUAACGGUAACGAUGAAGAGGAGAACAACGAUAACCAUAACAACAUCAACCUCGGUUCCCAGGAUCCGAAUCAGUACGAGAAUGAUAGUGGGACUAACGUUGGUACUAAUGGGUCUUCUUCUUCUUCUUGAUCUUUUAAUGGGAGAAAAAAAAAACUGAGAGUGAGAGAGAGAGAGAGAGAGAGAGAGAGAGAGAGAGAGAGAAUAAUGAUAUGUUUAGAUAGAGUAAGUAAUUAAGAGGUGGUACCGGUUAAUUACUUAAUUAGUCGUUUUUUUUUUGGUUUUAUUUUGAUUUAAUUGUUUAGUUUUUGUUAAUUAAUGAGAUGAUGGAGAUGAUCGAUUACCUUUGUUAACAUGGGAGAGAUGUUGAUGUUGAUAUCCGCAGGGAAUUUAUUUUUCUGGGUUCAUAACUUUCCUUUUGUUGAUUCUGUGGCUUAAUUAUAAUUAAAUGUUUAGUAUU